UGGAUCGCAAGCGCACCACCUCUGCCUUGGUUCAAUAUGCGAAGGAAACCUUCGUGGAGGACACUCGCGAGACUACUUUGGUCGCUCCAAUUAGUCCGUCUCCUGAAAGUAUGAUUGAAACGGUACUCGAUAGCCUCCAGCUUGAACCGCAUGACAUUGUGGUAGACCUGGGAUGUGGUGAUGGAAGAUGGCUGCUUGCUGCGGCGCGAAGAGGUUGUGCAGGCCGAGGCUUGGACCUAAACGAAGAUCUGUUGCGCAAAGGACGCCUUGCCGCUGCGGAAGCAAGGGUGUCUUCCUUGGUUGAGCUAGACAAGGAAGACAUAUUCGUCGCGCCACUAGCAGGGAGCACGGUGAUCAUCGUCUACCUGUUCAGAGAGGGUCUGGCCAAGAUGAAAGAGAAGCUGGAAGCUGAAGCCGACCCUGGUGCCCGCGUCGUGUCGGUCGGGUUUCAGAUAAGGGGCUGGGUCUCGGUGGCGACCUUCGUGGUCGAAGGACUGCAUGCCUAUAUCUACCAGGUGUCCGACCGAGGCGAUUCUUCUUCUGGUAGAACUAUCGCCGGCAUCGCUCCAAAGACUAGAUAGCAACGCUUUGUCGUUUUCUAGUCUUGCACAGGAAGUCCAUACAACGAAAGACAUGAGCGAGGUGGCGUUUGUGUGGCUUUUCGCAUGUCUCUUUUUUGUCGUGAACGUAGGGUAUAGAGAGCAAGUUAAAUCCUUAUCUUGUUGCACAUCAUGAAGGCUCGAUGAAAACCGUGUCCUUUGUCUUAGCCUGAGUUGAUGUAGCGUUUACGAAGCCCCAGCGCGUGCGGUAAACCGUAUGUCGAUUUACUGGUGUCCACGUGUUUCCUUUCCGUUUUUAUUUUUUUUCGGGUUUGAUCGCCUACAGGUGUGUCUUUUGCAAUGCAUGCGUUGUCGUCUGUUUGAGGAUUUUCUAGAUCUAUUUUGUUCCCAUUUAAUUUUUUAAUGUGUGUACCUUUAAUGGGGUAAUUGGGCUGCGACCAUGGAAGGCGCCUGGCUCGGUUGGAACGGUAAGGAUGUUGCUGAGCAGAGACCG